UCUACUUGAACUCAGCUAAAGCAAGAAAGAUGAACAAAAUAAUUUUCGGCUUCUUUGCAGUCUUUCUGUAUUUCGCAGUGGGUCAGUCCCUGGAGUGUUAUGACUGUAAACUGGGUUUAGGGAGUCUUUGCUACACAACCAAAAAGACAUGUGAUGCUGGUCAGCAGUGCUUCAGUGGAUUAGGGACAGCUGUUGGUUUCGUGGAUAUUAAGAUGAAAGGAUGUCUCGAAGUGUCCAAAUGCAAUAAAACUGAACAGGAGACUCUCUUCUCCAACUCAAGUGCAAAGAUAUACCAGAUAACGAAGACAUGCUGUUCUACUGACCUGUGUAACUCGGCUCUGGGUCACUUCUCUGCUGUCAGCAUGGCCUUCACUACCAUCACUUCUGUGUUCAUGGUCAAAUUCCUCAUUUGAGGAGGAUCAUUUCAGCUCACACACACACACACACACACACACACACACACACACGCACGCACACACACACACACGCACACACAGAGAGAGAGAGAGAGAGAGAGAGAGAGAGAGAGAGAGAGAGAGAGAGAGAGAUUAAAGACAUCUAAGCUUGUAACAAAUACAUAUAUACAACAUCACUGAGCAAAUCAUGCACACUAUACUAGCCAAAUUAAUUUUUUUAUCCCCUGCUGAUAAAUAAUUAAGUUUUUUAAUUAAGGCAUUAUUAGAAUUAAUACUUUAAAUAGGUCACCUACUUGAAUUUAAAUAGCUGUAAAUUGUAAAUUCAGUUGUAAAAUCAGUUUUCACUUGAUUGCAAAGUAGUGAUAAUUUCAUGAUAAUAACAUACCAUCAAGUUAACUUACUUAAAAUAUAUUUUCUUCAAAGAAACCAGGCAGAUAUUUAUUUAAUAUCAGCAAUGAAGAACAUUCCGGAUACAGACAAACACUUAACACAACUAACAUCCAUUAAAACCAGCAAUACAUUUGGUACCAAUAUAAUACAUAUUGGUACAUAGGUACACAUGGUUGUAUUGGUAUACACAAUAAUACAAAGACACACACAUCUGCAUGCAAUAUAGCAGACUGUUUUACUCUUCUUUAGUGGUGUUUUAGUAUAAAAACCAUGUUAAAUAAACCUUUUAUUUGUUGAUUGAUUGGGGGGUUUAUCUUUUAUCUGUAUUUUUGAAAAAAAAAAAUUGUAACCCUGUCAACAUGGUGAUAUCCUCAGAAUAAAAGUGUGUAAAGUGCAUGAAUUGGGAAGGGGGGUCUUUUGGAGAGGGUGCCAUCAGCAACUUCCAUAUAGAAUGAAGCACAUGCACGCCUGAGGUGAUGUCAGCUAGCAGGAAGCAGCUGCAGCUACACGGAUCAAGUGCUGGGCCCUGCUUUAACAAAUUAUAUGUUUUAGUUGCCAUCAUAAUGUGUGUGGUCAUUGCAAAUAUAACUUUUGUGCUUUGU